AUGGUUGCAAGAACCCCACAAAAGCAGAGGAAAGUGACGACAGUGGCGCCUCCUCUCAACUCAGAUCUUCUCAGGGAGACGAUCAAUAAGGUUGACAAAUGUAUGGAAAGACUGCAAGAGCUGCAAUACACAAUAGCAGGAGGAACAAAAGUUGUCUCUGGUGUAAACCUAAGCCCAAGAAGCACUAGAACUUAUUUGAAGACUAGUCUUAGAUGCAAGCAAGAAACUCUAAGGAUCAAGAAUGCUACUAAUAAGAAAUCUCCAGUUGGAAAGUUUCCAGCUUCCUCACCAGGGGAUUGGAGGAAAAUGUCACUCCCAGCAAUGCUACUAGGAGAGACAGUAAAUGAAAUCUUACAAGCCUCACAGGUCACAAGAGACAUUGUAGAUGCCCUUGCAACAAAGAAGAGUAGAAAAUCAAGGAGAUCAAUAAUGCCAGAAGUCGACGAUGGCCCUAAAACACCUGAGAUUCAACAGAAAUUCCGGGAACCGAACCCUGGAACUGUUAGCAGCAAUAUCAAAGCGAGAAGGAAGAAAGAGAAGCAGAACAAACGAUCAGAAUCAGAUUCUCCUCCGUCUAUACAAAGAGCUCGUUCAAGAAUUGUGUUCAAAAUCGUCUCUCCGCAGGCAGAGAAGGCUCAGGCAAAGGGAAAUGGUGAGAACAGUUUCCGGCAUUUGGCUAACAGGGUUUCGCCAAAGCACAAACCAUGGGUUAAGAAGGCUGUUCUUUUUCCCAAUCCUCUGUUUAUUUCCGGUUCCUCCACACAACAAGCUACGUUCAGUAGAACAAUGUCUCCGGUCAUAGCCAGAAAUGAGACAACCAGCAGCAAGAACAAGAAAGAGACGCCACACAAGUUCUUGAUCAAAUCUCCUCCGAGAUCAGCAUCGAAGUUUCAGGUCAAGAUCAAGAGCCCACCUAAAGUCUCGGUUUCCCCUACCAGAAAUGGAGGUAACUUGGCUCGGAAGUCACCUAGAGGCUCCAAUUCUCCGACAAGAAGCGUUGCCUUGGGAAAGAAGUCUCCUGCAGCUUCUUCUCCUAUUAGAAAGUCUCCAAAGCUAUCAACCGCUGCGAAGUUCAGAAGAUCAUUUACUCCUACGAGAAAUGGAAGUAACUCGACUCGUAAACCGUCCAUUUCACCGAAAAGAGUCACGCUUCAAGCAUUUCUUUCUCCGGCAAGAAAUGGUAACUUGGGAAAGAAGUCACCUAAACAUUCGGUUUCUCCGACUAGAAAGACGCAGAAGCUAUCAACUGCAGCAAAGCUCAGGAGGUCAUUUUCGCCAUCAAGACUAGCGAUGAGGCUCGCGUCUCCACUGAAGAGCCGGAAAAGUGUUGGGAAGUUUGACGAUGAUGAUGAGAUGGUGAGUGGACUGAAACAGCGUCCGGUUUUUGUUCCCAAGAGAUUCUCGAUGGUGAGAAUCUAA